GGGCCCCCGCGCACCAUGGGCCCCGGGCGCACCGGGGCCGGAGCCGCGCUGCGCGCCCGCCUGGCGCUGGCCUUGGCGCUGGCGAGCGUCCUGAGCGGGCCCCCCGCCGCCGCCUGCCCCACCAAGUGUACCUGCUCCGCCGCCAGCGUGGACUGCCACGGGCUGGGCCUCCGGGCGGUGCCUCGGGGCAUCCCCCGCAACGCCGAGCGCCUUGACCUGGACAGAAAUAACAUCACCAGGAUCACCAAGACGGACUUUGCGGGACUCAAGAACCUUCGAGUCUUGCAUCUGGAAGACAACCAGGUCAGCGUCAUCGAGAGAGGCGCCUUCCAGGAUCUGAAGCAGCUGGAGCGAUUGCGCCUGAACAAGAAUAAGCUCCAGGUCCUUCCAGAAUUGCUUUUCCAGAGCACGCCGAAACUCACCCGACUAGACCUGAGCGAGAACCAGAUCCUGGGCAUCCCGCGGAAGGCCUUCCGGGGCAUCGCCGACGUCAAGAACCUGCAACUGGACAACAACCACAUUGGCUGCAUUGAAGAUGGAGCCUUCCGCGCCCUGCGUGACCUGGAGAUCCUCACUCUCAACAACAACAACAUCAGCCGCAUCCUGGUCACCAGCUUCAACCACAUGCCGAAGAUCCGGACCCUGCGCCUGCACUCCAACAACCUCCUGUGUGACUGUCACCUGGCCUGGCUCUCAGACUGGCUGCGGCAGCGACGGGCCAUCGGCCAGUUCACCCUCUGCAUGGCCCCCGUGCACCUGCGGGGCUUCAGCGUGGCCGACGUGCAGAAGAAAGAGUUCGUGUGUGCAGGCCCCCACUCGGAGCCGCCCACCUGCAACGCCAACUCCAUCUCCUGCCCCUCGGCCUGUACCUGCAGCAACAACAUCGUGGACUGCCGCGGGAAGGGGCUGACGGAGAUCCCUGCCAACCUACCCGAGGGCAUCGUGGAGAUACGCCUGGAGCAGAACUCCAUCAAAUCCAUCCCCGCCGGAGCCUUCACCCCUUACAAGAAGCUGAAGCGCAUAGACAUCAGCAAGAAUCAGAUCUCCGACAUCGCCCCGGACGCCUUCCAGGGUCUCAAGUCCCUGACGUCGCUGGUUCUCUACGGGAACAAGAUCUCUGAGAUCCCCAAGGAGCUGUUUAGCGGGCUGGUGUCACUGCAGCUGCUCCUCCUGAACGCCAACAAGAUCAACUGCCUUCGUGUGAGCACCUUCCAGGACCUGCGCAGCCUCAGUCUGCUGUCCCUGUACGACAACAAGCUGCAGACCAUCAGCAAGGGGCUCUUCGCCCCGCUGCAGGCCAUCCAGACCCUCCACCUGGCCCAGAACCCGUUCGUGUGCGACUGUCACCUGAAGUGGCUGGCCGAGUUCCUCCAGGACAACCCCAUCGAGACGAGCGGCGCCCGCUGCAGCGGCCCCCGCCGCCUGGCCAACAAGCGCAUCGGCCAGAUCAAGAGCAAGAAGUUCCGCUGCUCAGGCUCGGAGGAUUACCGCAGCCGCUUCAGCAGCUCGUGCUUCAUGGACCUCGUGUGCCCCGAGAAGUGCCGCUGCGAGGGCACCGUCGUGGACUGCUCCAACCAGAAGCUGUCCCGCAUCCCCAGCCACCUCCCCGAAUACGUCACCGACCUGCGGCUGAAUGACAAUGAGAUCUCCGUGCUGGAGGCCACGGGCAUCUUCAAGAAGCUUCCCAACCUGCGGAAGAUAAACCUGAGUAACAAUAAGAUCAAGGAGGUGCGAGAGGGUGCCUUCGACGGAGCGGCCAGCGUGCAGGAGCUGAUGCUGACCGGGAACCAGCUGGAGACGGUGCACGGACGCAUGUUCCGCGGCCUCAGCGGCCUGAAGACCCUGAUGCUGCGGAGUAACCUGCUCAGCUGCGUCAGCAACGACACGUUCGCGGGCCUGAGCUCCGUGCGGCUGCUGUCCCUGUACGACAACCGGCUCAGCACCAUCGCACCCGGCGCCUUCACCACGCUCGUCUCCCUCUCCACCAUAAACCUCCUGUCCAACCCCUUCAACUGCAACUGCCACCUCGCCUGGUUGGGCAGGUGGCUCCGGAGGCGGCGGGUGGUGAGUGGGAACCCACGCUGCCAGCGACCCUUCUUCCUCAAGGAGAUCCCCAUCCAGGAUGUGGCCAUCCAGGACUUCACCUGCGAAGGCAACGAUGAGAACAGCUGCCGGCUGGGCCCACGCUGCCCGGCGCAGUGCACCUGCGUGGACACGGUGGUGCGAUGCAGCAACCAGGGCCUGCGUGUGCUGCCCAAGGGCAUCCCCAAGGACGUCACGGAGCUGUACCUGGAAGGGAACCACUUGACAGCCGUCCCCCGGGAACUCUCGGCCCUGCGGCACCUCACUCUGAUUGACCUGAGCAACAACAGCAUCGGGGUGCUGGCCAACUACACCUUCCGAAACAUGUCUCACCUCUCCACCUUGAUCCUGAGCUACAACCGGCUCCGCUGCAUCCCCCUGCACGCCUUCGACGGGCUGCGCUCCCUGCGCGUGCUGACCCUCCACGGCAACGACAUUUCCAGCGUCCCCGAAGGCUCCUUCAAGGACCUGACUUCGCUCUCCCACCUGGCGCUGGGCACCAACCCCCUGCACUGCGACUGCAGCCUGCGCUGGCUCUCCGAGUGGGUGAAGGCGGGCUUCAAGGAGCCCGGCAUCGCCCGCUGCAGCACCCCCGAACCCAUGGCCGACCGGCUGCUGCUCACCACCCCCACCCACCGCUUCCAGUGCAAAGGCCCCGUGGACAUCAGCAUCGCGGCCAAGUGCGACGCCUGCCUCUCGGGCCCCUGCAGGAACAACGGCACCUGCACCCAGGACCCCGUGGAGCAUUUCCGCUGCGCCUGCCCCUAUGGGUACAAGGGCCGAGACUGCUCCGUGCCCAUCAACACCUGCAUCCAGAACCCGUGCCAGCACGGUGCCACCUGCCUGCUGAGCGACACCCACAAGGAGGGCUUCAGCUGCUCCUGUCCCCCGGGCUUUGAGGGACAGCGGUGUGAGAUCAACCCGGAUGACUGUGAGGACAACGAUUGUGAGAACAACGCCACAUGCGUGGACGGCAUCAACAACUACGUGUGCGUCUGCCCCCCCAACUACACAGGUGAGCUGUGCGAUGAGGUGGUGGAUCCCUGCGUGCCCGAGCUCAGCCUAUGCCAGAACCACGCCAAGUGCAUCUCCCUGGACCGGGGGUUCCGGUGUGAGUGCUCCCCGGGCUACAGUGGGAAGCUGUGUGAGACGGACAUAGACGAGUGUGUGGGGCACCAGUGCCAGCAUGGCGCCCGCUGCGUGGACGCGGUCAACGGCUACACCUGCACCUGCCCCCAGGGCUUCAGCGGCCCUCUGUGCGAGCAGCCCCCGCCCAUGGUGCUGCUGCAGACCAGCCCGUGUGACCAGCACGAGUGCCAGAACGGGGCACCCUGCGUCCUGGUGCAGCAGGAGCCCGUCUGCCGCUGCCCCCCGGGCUUCGCCGGCCCCCGCUGCGAGAAGCUCGUCACCGUCAACUUCGGGGGCAAGGACUCGUACGUGGAACUGGCCUCUGCCAAGGUCCGGCCCCAGGCCAACAUCUCCCUGCAGGUGGCCACAGACAAGGACAACGGAAUCCUGCUGUACAAAGGGGACAACGACCCGCUGGCGCUGGAGCUGUACCAGGGCCACGUGAGGCUGGUGUACGACAGCCUGAGCGCCCCUCCCACCACCGUGUACAGCGUGGAGACGGUGAAUGACGGGCAGUUCCACAGCGUGGAGCUGGUGAUGCUCAAUCAGACUCUGAACCUAGUGGUGGACAAAGGCGCCCCCAAGAGCCUGGGCAAGCUCCAGAAGCAGCCGGCCGUGGGCAGCAACAGCCCCCUCUACCUGGGAGGCAUCCCCAUGUCCACGGGCCUCUCGGCCCUGCGCCAGGGCGCCGACCGGCCGCUGGGCGGCUUCCACGGCUGCAUUGGCGAGGUGCGCAUCAACGACGAGCUGCAGGGCUUCAAGGCGCUGCCGCCGCCGUCGCUGGGGGUGUCGCCGGGCUGCAAGUCGUGCUCCGUGUGCCGCCACGGGCUGUGCCGCGCGCUCGAGAAGGACAGCGUGGCGUGUGAGUGCCACCCGGGCUGGACCGGCCCGCUCUGCGACCAGGAGGCCCGCGACCCGUGCCGUGACCACGGCUGCGUCCACGGGAAAUGCGUGGCCACCGGCGCCUCCUACACCUGCCACUGUGCCGAGGGCUACAGCGGCGUCCUGUGCGACCACAGGAACGACUCAGCCGGCCCCUGCGCCGCCUCCAAGUGCCAGCACGGGCAGUGCCACGUCUCGGAGCAAGGGGAGCCGCAGUGCGUGUGCCAGCCCGGCUUCCGGGGGCAGUUCUGCGAGCAAGAGAGCCCCUGCCGCGGGGAGCUGGUCCGGGACGUGAUCCGGCGCCAGAAGGGCUACGCGGCGUGCGCGACGGCGUCCAAGGUGCCCACGGUGCAGUGCCUGGGCGGCUGCGGGGCGCAGUGCUGCCGGCCCACGCGCAGCAAGCGGCGGAAGUACGUGUUCCAGUGCACGGACGGCUCGUCGCUCGUGGAGGAGGUGGAGCGGCACCUGGACUGCGGCUGCGGACCCUGCGCCUAGGGGACCGGCGAGCCUCGGAC